GAAUUAAAUCAUUGGCUUGAUUAUUUGAAUUACAAAAAAUAAAAAUAAAAAAUUCGAUUCGAUUUUGAUUCAAUUCUCAUCGAAGAAAAAUAAGCGAACGUAAGCUUAUUUUUCUAUACAAUCAUUGAAAAUUAUUCAAAUCAAGUCAAACCAACCAAUCAAUCAGCUCCACGACCAUUAAAAAUUAUAUCAUCAGAAAACGACCACGACGAUAAAAACACCACCGCCAGCACAUCAAAUAAAUUUUUUUUUCCCAUUCAUCAUUGAAUUCUUUUUCAAAUGAAUGAAUGAUUCUCGUAUAGAAACUCGUUAUUAAAUUGGAAUCGUUUGUUUAUCUCAUUUUUUCUCCAUUCUUGAAGAUCUAAGAUUCUAUCAAAGAAAUUUUUUUUACUGGUUACAUUUUGUUAUUUUUUUUAUUGAUUGAUUUAUCGUUGUUGCCAAGAUGGCCAUAAAAUUUUUGGAAGUGAUCAAACCAUUCUGCGGCAUAUUGCCCGAAGUUGCCAAACCAGAACGUAAAAUUCAAUUCCGUGAAAAAGUAUUAUGGACAGCUAUCACUUUGUUCAUUUUUUUGGUAUGUUGCCAGAUACCAUUAUUUGGUAUAAUGUCAUCGGAUUCGGCUGAUCCAUUCUAUUGGAUGCGUGUUAUUUUGGCUUCGAAUCGUGGUACACUUAUGGAAUUGGGUAUAUCACCUAUUGUUACAUCUGGAUUGAUCAUGCAAUUGUUGGCCGGUGCUAAAAUCAUUGAAGUUGGUGAUACGCCUAAAGAUCGUGCUUUGUUCAAUGGUGCACAAAAACUUUUCGGUAUGGUCAUCACGAUAGGUCAGGCUAUUGUUUACGUCAUGACAGGAAUGUAUGGUGAUCCCAGUGAUAUUGGUGCUGGUAUUUGUAUGUUGAUCAUCAUUCAAUUAUUUGUGGCUGGUUUGAUCGUUCUGCUGUUGGAUGAAUUAUUACAAAAAGGUUAUGGUCUUGGAUCUGGAAUAUCAUUGUUUAUCGCUACGAACAUUUGUGAAACUAUCGUUUGGAAGGCAUUCUCUCCAGCAACAGUAAACACUGGUCGUGGUACUGAAUUCGAAGGCGCCAUCAUCGCUUUGUUCCAUUUGUUGGCCACACGUCAUGACAAAAUUCGUGCACUUCGUGAAGCUUUCUAUCGUAACAAUCUACCCAAUCUGAUGAAUUUGUUGGCCACCAUUUUGGUUUUUGCUAUUGUUAUCUAUUUCCAAGGUUUCCGUGUUGAUCUACCAAUCAAAUCAGCUCGUUAUCGUGGUCAAUACAGUUCAUAUCCGAUUAAAUUGUUCUAUACGUCGAACAUCCCGAUCAUUUUGCAAUCCGCUUUGGUUUCUAACCUAUAUGUCAUUUCGCAAAUGUUGGCCGUUAAAUUUAGUGGUAAUUUCUUUGUCAAUUUACUUGGUGUUUGGUCCGAUUCAGCUGGCGCUGCUCGUGCCUAUCCGGUUGGUGGCCUUUGUUACUAUUUAUCACCACCAGAAACAUUGGGCCAUAUUAUUGAAGAUCCAGUACAUGCCGUCCUGUAUAUUGUAUUCAUGUUAGGAUCAUGUGCAUUCUUUUCCAAAACCUGGAUCGAAGUUUCCGGUUCGAGCGCCAAAGAUGUGGCAAAACAAUUGAAAGAACAACAAAUGGUAAUGCGUGGUCAUCGUGAAAAAUCAAUGAUUCACGAACUUAACCGUUACAUACCGACGGCGGCUGCUUUUGGCGGUCUUUGUAUUGGCGCUUUAUCGGUAUUGGCCGAUUUUCUUGGAGCAAUCGGUAGCGGAACCGGUAUCCUAUUAGCUGUCACAAUCAUUUAUCAAUAUUUUGAAAUUUUUGUCAAAGAACAAAAUGAAUUGGGCGGCAUGAGUACAUUGCUAUCAUAAAGAAAUGUAAUGUAAAAGAAUUUAUUCCAUAACAGAAAAAAAAAUAAAAUAACAAUAAAGAUGAUCCAUUAAAAAAACAA